CCAGGAAUCGAUACCGUCCCGUAACGUGCUAUACUAGCAUGCGCAAACCACUCACGCGGACAGAAUCGAUAUUUUGUUUUGUUUGUUGUCUCUGGUGGUUCAGGUCGAGGUAUAAAAUGUAGGGCCGUAGAUCUUAUCCUUACUUGACGGGACUCGAUACACUGUGUUAUGAUUUGUUAUGUUUGUUGAUUUAUGAGUGCAAAGUUGUAUGGAGUUUUUAUGCCCACACUUGCGUAAAAAGUCUGGCCAUUAAAUGAAAAGUAACACAGGGUGCCCAGAUGAUGUCCAUUAGAAUGUCCACCUCAAAUGACAAGACAUGAAGCUGUAUUCGUCAUGUCCGCUUUGUUUCCCAGGGGAGGUCACCAGAUUCGAUUAGCACUACUAUUGAUCUGCAUAACUUCAGCUCAUUCAUUGAUAGAAUGGGUCGUCAAACCAGAAAAUACUUCACUACCUCUGGGACAAGAUGUUGUGUUCUCUUGCCUGGCCAAGUCUGCUGAUGCGAGCGACACAUCUGCCAGCUUGGCUUACCGAUGGUCUUUCGAUGGCGGCAAAGUACAAGACAGGGUGUCCAGAUUUUCCAACAACUCUCUGUUUGUACCAGGUUUAACAGAGGCUGACCUUGGAGUAUACACUUGUGAAGUAUCAAGGGUCACAGAAAAUGGAAAUGUCUUAGAGUCUGUGUCUGCCAGCGCGCUACUCAUAAAAUCUUAUCUCGAACCUUUCAUUAUCAAUCCAAGUUCAGUGUCUGCCAGCCUUGGUGACACUGUCGUCCUGACAUGUGUCACUGGUAAAAGCUCGCCAAGAAUUAAGGUAAAGUGGUUACGAAAUGGUGGCGAGUUUCAGAAAGCCUUCCAGCAGAUAGCCUCAUUUGGUGACUAUGAUCCAACUGGUUUGACUGUGCAGUGGUCAAUGAAGUUGACAUUAGACAUCUCUGAAGAUGUCUUUGGUGCCUACAGUUGCCAAGCAACCAAUGAGAUGUUGUCUGUCUCUGUCUUCAGUAAAGAAGCCAAUGUAACCUAUAUUGAUAUCCCAAGUGUUGGAAAUACAUCAGCACUUGACUGGAGCCUUCCAUCUUCACUGAUACUAAAAGAAGGUUCUAGCUUCAUAAUGCCUUGCAUGACAAAGCCUAGCAAAGAAAUACCCAUCGUUACAUGGUAUCGUGAAAAUUCCAUCUUGAAUGCCACAAGUCGAGUGUAUGUUUUGACCAAUCGAAGCCUUGCUUUUUUUCCUUACCUAGCCAGUGACAAUGGGAAUUACUCUUGUGCUGUUUCAAACUCUGCUGGGGUUUUUGUCUCUCCAAGUAUCUCACUGACAGCAGCAUACCUGUCACUUGCAUUCCGAAAGCAGCCAUCAGAUACAAAUUCUUUUUUGGGAGAUAAUGUCACAUUAUUUUGUGAUCCACCUGACAGUGUUCCUGCAGCAGAAGUCAUCUGGUACAAGGAUUAUUCUCCCUUGAAUGUGACUUCGAACAGAAUCAGACUUCUAGGGCAUGGCCUUUACUUGUACUCAGCAAAACUUAUAGACAGGGGCAUUUAUUACUGUGUAGCAAUAAACAAUUGGAGUUCUCCUUCCAUCAGGACUUCAGCCACAGCUCAACUUACUGUCAAAGGUCCACCAAUUAUAAUGGAUCCACCUCUGAGCACCAAAAUAGUCCGAGGUAAACCACUUCAGCUUACCUGUAGAGUUGAUGGUGAACCUUUCCCUACAACCACAUGGUUAUUUCAGGGCAGAAAUCUCACACAGACUGGAACAGUCACAUUAGUAGAACAAGGUCAGGUGCUAUGGAUCAAUGAUAUGGGGAAAGAAUGGGAAGGCCAGUUUACUUGUGUGACCAGCAAUCAGUUUGGAACAAUUACAGCAGAGGCUCUAGUCACUGUCAUUGUUGCCCCUGUGUCACUGAGUUCUAUUGGGGACAUAGUGUCUAAAGUUGGAGACUCACUGAGGAUACCCUGUUAUGUGGUCAGUGAUCCACAGCCAACAGUAGUCUGGUUUUUAAAUGGCUCAAGUGUAUCUCAGCUCAGUACCACAUCCGAUACUUCAUUACAUAUAGACUAUGUAACCACCAAGCAUGCUGGGAUGUACACCUGCCUGGGAUACAAUGAGGCUGGUAAUGCUACAUCAUCUGGCAGUUUGACAGUCAAUGUGAUUCCAUCUGUGUCAGUGCCCCUGAAAAAUGUUAGUGUUGUGACUGGUCAGUACAUAACAUUCACCUGUGAAUUUGAUGGACAGCCUUCACCUUUCAUCUUCUGGUUGUUCAAUUCUAGUUUACCUGUACCAAGUAAUGCCAGGCUGGGACAGAAGAACAGUUCACUGACCAUUGGUCCAGUUAGUUGGGACAACCAGGGAGUCUACACCUGUAUGGGUGAGAACAUAGUUGGCAGAGCGCUCUCAAAUUCCUACCUCAAUGUCCAAGUACCUCCACAAGUCACUACCAUCACAUUCCCUCAAGGUCUAGUCAGACAACUCUCCAGGUUUGUUUUAUCCUGUACAGCAUCAGGCAUUCCCACCCCUACAAUACAAUGGAUAUUCCAGAAACAGCCAAUCAAUUCAUCUGCCAAUGGGAGAGUCCAAGCAAGGGAGAUGGGGGUAGUGAAUGUGGAGUUUGCAUUAAAAAAUGACAGUGGUGCCUAUGAAUGUUGGGCCAGUUCAAGUGCUGGAGAAGACCACAAGAUAGCAACUGUAACUGUUUAUGGUGCUCCAACACCUCCCAGCUUAUCAAGUGUCUCUCCAAGAACUUUUGACUCUGUCAGCGUACAAUGGAAUUGGUCGAAUCAAGGGGACAUGACCAACAGAGUGGAUCAGUUUCAAAUAUCCUACAGAGAAAAACUAAAUGAGGUGAUUGUAGUAUCUCCCACCUUAUACUCUGCUAAUGAUUCUCAAGGUUUUGUAUCGGGUCUGAAACCAUACACCAUGUAUGUUUUUACUAUCACUGCUCUAAAUGACGCUGGCGUCAGUGACAGCAGCAACCCUUUGACAGUUACCACCAAUCAGUCCUAUCCUUCCACCCCUUCUAAUGUGUUAGUUUCUAAUGUCACAUCUGUGACUGCUACUUUGAGAUGGGAGCCUCCAAGUGAACCAAAUGGCAUAGUCAGGAUGUACCUGAUGAGAUACAAAGUAGCCAGAGAAAGUUCAGAUUAUGUAUUUGUAAAUAUAACAGCUUCCCAGAUUCCAUCUAUUGAGAUCUUAAUGUCACCACUGUUGCCUUAUACACAAUAUAUAGUUCAGGUUCAAGCUGCUAAUACUGAAAAUAGAAUGGAACUCUGGGGUAACUUCUCCACUCCUGUUACAUUCCAAACUUUACCCUCAUUGCCGGCUAAGUCACCACAGAAUGUACAAGGUUUUGCUGCUGAUCCUUACUCUAUCAAAGUGCUCUGGCAGGUUGAUUCUGUUCAGGACCUGAAUGGACCAAUUUUAUAUUAUUAUAUCAUUUGCCUCAACAACGAAUCUAAACUAAAUACCACUCUGAAGGUAGAUAAAUCUGUAACAGAAGCUCUUAUCUCUGGACUUCACCCAUGGAGAAUGUAUAGUGUCCAAGUGUAUGGCGUUAAUGAGGCUGGGGCUGGUCCAAUGUCACUGGCCAUCUCUAUAUGGACUCUAGCUAUUGCACCAAUAGCUUCCCCGACGUCAUUCACAGUUACUGAUUAUUUUGCCACAGGCUUUAAACUACAGUGGAAGCCUGUAGAGGUAAGUCUGCAGACAUGUAAUAUAACUGGAUACAAUCUACAGUUCAGAGUUCAAGGGAAAACUGAUUGGGUUGAACAUUGGAUUCCCUCCUACAAUGUUACUAUGUUUUCUGGCUUUUUCGAAACAUUACUUGACUCUUUGAAUCCUUGGACUUCGUAUGAAAUUAGAUUAGCAGCCUACUGUGACAAUGUCUCACCAGGAUUAGGUCCCUUUACAUACCCACUUCUUUCAAAAACAUUACAAGGAAUUUCAGGUCCUGUGAUUAAUGCAAACUACUCAGCUAGUUCUGACAGCAUCUGGUUGUCGUGGCAACCACCUGCUGAGCCCAAAGGGGAUGUGACUAGCUAUGAUGUCGCUCUGUACCCAGCCACAAGCACAGAAAAUACAAAAGCUCAAGUGAUAUUCCAAACAGAAGCGACCAGUCUAGUAUUGACUAGUCUUUCACCGGAGACUAACUACAGUAUUAGUCUACAAGCAGUGAAUGGUGCUGGCCGUGGUGAAGCCAUUCAUAUUCUUGUGACUACAUCUGCCUUGAUAGUGUCAACUUUGAGCAGUGAUGUGUUUGAAGUCAGCACAGAGUAUCUGACACACAUGACUUAUGAGGUGAGCAAUGUGACUGGAUUCUUCCUAGCCCAGCAAAGUGACCUCCCCAUCAAACAAAACCUGGCAGCCAUAGUGGCAGGAAGUAUAGUUGGUACCAUCGCCUUGGUUAUCGUGACAGUUUUCAUCUGUAUUAAGUGCAUCAAGUACAGAAGGAAACAAAGAUUGAAUUAUGUUGUAGAAGAAGCUGAGAAUGAAGAGCCUGUUAGCACUUACAGACCUUUGGAACCUCCAGUACAGUCAUCCUUCACCCCUUCCUUCCAUUUCACUGAUAACACAGAGGCCAAGCCUGCACCUAUCACAAGCUCACAAUCAGUGCCAGUCAUCACAGUAACACAGCCAAGUGCCUUAAAUGAGAAUAGUGUCAGCAGUAGUACCAACAGUAGCCAUGGAUUCCAAGAAAAACCAAAGCAGAAAAGUCAUCUAUUGCCUAAAAUUUCUAUAUCAUUUGCCUACACAAAGCUGGAUGAUGAUCAGCCUGGGGCUGAAGCAAAUGUCUCUGAAGGCUAUGAGAAUCCUGGUUUUGCUUUUGCUAUAACCAAGGAGAAGACAAGUGCAAGUUUUUUAUCUAUCCCAGGAUUAUCAGAUAGCUAUUCUGACACAGCUUCAAUCUCUUCUGAGACACUCCGACGUAAUCACAGGAUGCGUAGUGAAGUUGCAGCAGCUAUAGCCUUCAUGAGGAUCCACAAGGGGGAGCCCUUAGAUGAAACAGACAUUCUUAUAGAGAACGAAAUAGAAGCAGAAGUUAUCUUCAGUGAAAGGACAAUGGUUUAAUUGUUGCUGCUUAAGUUAGAGCCCUUGUUUAAACACUGCUGCAAUCGUAAAUCAAUGCCUAGUGCUUCCUGUGUUGAAAUGCUGAUCCCUUGUGUGGCCAGGCUGUCCUAGGCAGGAUCAACUCGCAGGCAUAUAUUGACUAUAAAACUGAAAGAGAACUAAUGAUGCUGACAAUGAAAUGGCAAAAAGGAAUAAAAUUCUUUUUCUGCACAAUGAACUAAGUGCUGCCCUUGGAUUUUGUGAUGCCAGGAAAUGGGAGGAACUUCUUUAGUUAAUUCCUUAUGACUAUUGUAGUGUUGAGUUUUAUCCUAGUACAAGCACAUUAGAAUAAAUUGUUUAAAGCUCAAAACAAAGAAAUGAAGUUUGUAGAUGUUAAUUUUCCUUUAUUCUAGACUUUGGGAUGUGUCCCCCCCCCCCAUUUGCAUAGUGAUAUUAAUUUCAUGAACAGAUUUUCUUAUUUUUGUCCCUGCAAUGUCAUUGCUUAUUGAUGUUAUAAUAACAUCCUUGUGGUAUUGCUGCCUAAUUAGAGUCAUUGAUUCUUUGUUAGUUCUCGCUAAUUUGAUCUGCCAGUAAUGUCCUUGAAUAUCAAAGCUUUCUUCCGUUGCUGAGGCUAUCAUCAUUCUGAAGCCACGUCAUUCUGAGGCUAUCAUCAUUCUGAAGCUACGUCAUUCUGAGGCUAUCAUCAUUCUGAAGCUACGUCAUUCUGAGGCUAUCAUCUUUCUGAAGCUACGCCAUUCUGAGGCUAUCAUCAUUCUGAAGCUACGUUAUGUGCAUAGUUUCACGACGUUGUGUUAACAUAUCACUAGUUUUGUUCUUCUGCUUCUCUUAAUUACUGCCUUUACUUUUCUAUAAUUUAUCACAGUGCCAUCCAGUCAACAUGUACACCUCUGUUACAACGAUUCUAUAUUGAUAUAAAUGGUUCAACUGUCCCAUGUAAAUUAUUCUGAAUACCAAGCUCUCAGUACUGACAUUGAAAGUCUUAUCUACACUGUAUUGAUUGCUUAUUUUUACAUUUCAAAAUGCUAAUUUCACUUCAUUAAUCAGUGCAAUAUUUAAUAUUUUGUUUGAUUUGUAUACAAAUAUGGUGAAAUAAUAGGCGUUUUGUGACAUUGGUAUUUUAUUUCAAUGGUAUUAUUAAUUAUACAGUGAAGACAAAUCGGAAUAACAAACUCCAAUUACGUUUUCCAGGAUGGCUGCCUGGUCGUGCGGUUUGCACGCUGGACUGUCGUUCAGAUUUAUCGAUGGUCCCAGGUUCAAACCCUGCCCGCUCCCAUCCCCCGUCGUCCUGCGGGAGGUUUGGACUAGGAAGUAAUUAUCUUCAACUCUGAAGGAACAUCCGAAACAUGUAAAACAUUUUACAAACAUUUUUCAUUCCAAGAUCAUUUGUAAAUAAUAAAAGAUUGUGUAUUACUAUAAGAAGAUUUGGUAGAAGUUUGAGAUUAAUAAUUUACAGGUUUGUUGUUUUAUUCACAUAGAUAUAUAAAUAUAUAUAUAUCAGCCAGGUAUGCAACCAAAUAAGUUGGGUGAAGAUGCUGAGAUUCUUGACCAGUGUUAAAUUUUUUAAAAAGUUAGUAUUUUUGUUUUCUAAUGUAAAUGAUUUAUUCUGUUGUUUCUGGGAUUGAAAUCUAUGUGAACUGUUGGUCUUGAGGAUUCCCCUCUAGUCAGUGCAUGGGAAAAUACAGAUUAUGUCAGACCAGUGACGUGGCAAUGAGAUAUAAUGGUCUAAACUGCCCACAGGUUGCGACAUCGCAGGUCAGUAUUCAGGCCUUCUAUAAUGGUUGGUUUUGAUUAGAUCCACUCUUAUGGCAAUAAUUGUUUCUCACUGAUGUAUGUGUUAAUUUUUAAGCAAUUUGAUAUCUGACAUGAUUCAACUCAAAACGAUAAAUUAAUAAUGUUGAGCUGUAAAUGUUUUAUUCAAGUUUGAUUGAAUAAAAUGAAGAAUUAGUUAAUGUAUUAUAUAGUUAAUGCAUCAAUUGUUUUAGUUCAAAACUUAUUUAUGUACUUAAUACCCCGUACAUCGAUGCUCUUAAUAUUAAUAUGAUCUCUAUCAUGUGUGGUCUCCAAGUCUUUGAUAUAGCCACAUCAGGUAUUUUAUACAUUAUAUAUUUUCAUAAUAUAGUCACACCUUGGUAUACAAUAUAUAAAUUCUUUCUAUGUUCAUAAUAUAGCCACAUCUAGGUAUUUUACACAUUUUAUGAUCAUAAUAUACCCACAUCUAAGUAUUUUACACAUUUUUUGUUCUUAAUUAAGCCACAUCUAGGUAUUUUAAACAUUUUUUGUUUAUAAUAUAGCAACCUAAGCAGGAUAAUUUGGUUCAGUGGUCAUUUUGGCAGCCCCGCUUUGUCAAAUGUUUUAGCACAUCUUAUAUGUUCAUUUUAUUAUGUCUUAAGAAAAAGUGAUCAAUAUUAAUGUUUUGUAUUUGCAUUAGUAUUCAAAAGUGGUUUUUUUUAUGUUAAGAAUAAGCUAUUUUUGUCCCUUAAGAUUUGGGAUUCAAGUUUGUGGUGUACCAUUUGGUAUGUGACUAACCUCAUGAUGUGUGUGUAAGGGUUUUAAGAUUGUCCAAAAACAAAAUGAAAGAAUGAUAGAGACAAUGAUAGGAAAAAAAUGGAUGCAAUUUUGUGUUUUUACUCACAAAAAUCAUAAUCUUUAUUAUCCAUAAAAAAAUUUGUGUUUGACAUACUGCUCUUUUGAACAGCUGAUUGAUAAAAGAUUGGAACAGGAGGGAAGCAGGUCAACAUCUCAAGUAUGACUCUGACCUAUUCUAGUUGGCAGUAUGUUUUUCAUGAAAUAGUCCAAACUUUUAUUACAAUUAAUAGUACAAAUAUUGUUAGAAGAAAAAUGCUGGUAAUAAAGUUUUGUGGGGGUUUUUAUUAUUGUCAGAGGUUUAGGGGCCAAAAUGGCUUGCGCCAAAACAAGGCUGGCUGAAGCUGAUUCGACCCAUUGCUUCAAUUGGGCACCGCGCCUGGCAGGAGCCCUGCAAUAUAUAUUAAACAUAUCACUGUCAGCUAUGGCUCUUGUCACUGGCUUAAAGGGUUAACAUAUUUAGUGUAAGAUUGACGCUACUUUUAUUAACUCGCUGAUGCCUAUUGUACUUCAGUUGCUUCCUAUACAUAUGUUGGUAUAAUGAUCUAAUUGAUGCUAAUAGCUGCUUUUUUUUUAAUUCAGAAGAGGAGCCUCGCAAGCAUCCAUUAGUUUGCAUCAAAACAGCUUUGUUAAAAUGUUACAUAGUUAAUAUAACACUGAAAAAGCACAUCUAGGUAUUUUAAACAUUCUGGUUUCACAUCUAGGUAUUUUAAACAUUCUACUUUCACAUCUAGGUAUUUUAAACAUUCUGGUUUCACAUCUAGGUAUUUUAAACAUUCUGGUUUCACAUCUAGGUAUUUUAAACAUUCUGGUUUCACAUCUAGGUAUUUUAAACAUUCUGGUUUCACAUCUAGUUGUAAUAUUAAUUCUAUCCACAUUCAUUAAGAUUACUAGUCCCAAAUCUUAAAUUUUGCCCCAUAUUAAUACAGUACUGUAGCAAUAAACCAGACAAUUCUCUUAUUUAUAAUAAUUUUAUUUAUUUAUUUUGGGUGGUUUCUUUUGCUGUUUUGUUAAAUAUCAAACUAGACAGUUCUUGUCUAGAUAUUGUUUGUGAUAUUUUAAAUAAUAGGAAUAACUGAGAAGUGAAUAUCAGUUUAAGGAUUUGUAAUUAACCAAGCAGGAAGAUAGUAAAGAUUAAAAUGUAAAUAUUUUGAUUUUGAAUGAGUAUUAGCUUCUUCUGUCAUUAUUUUGUUCCUAUUUAUUUCAUAUUGAUACAAAUAUUUAUUGAUCAAAAUACUGUAUAAGCUUAUUAUUGUUGGACUGUCAUUCCAGAUAUUUGUAUAUUUUUGUGCAAUAUUGAAAUGUACAAACUUUUCAACCAAAGUGUUAUUUAAUUCCAGAAAAAUAAUUUAAAAUCCAACAUAAUCUGUGAUAGUAAAGCUUGGAUUUGGAUCGUAAGUUACUUUGUCAACUGGAAUUUUUAAUAGAAUACUUUGCUAUCAUCUUCAUCAGUGUUUCCCAAACUGUGUCCUGCAGAACCUUAUGUGUUCCACUAGUAGGUGUUCCAUGAAAUACUGGAAUAGUGAAAUAGUGGGCCACCACGUGAAUUCAUCUCUCUAAAAAAAAUUAAGCAAAGUGUUGCCCUAAAUACUCAGAAUGUGGGAAGUGCUCCAUCAAGGAGAAAGUUUGGGAACCACUGGUCCUGUUUUUUGAAACAAUGUAAUAUUUUACUAUGUGAGGAGUAAUUACAUAAGGUGAACAAUGUCAACCAAGUUGUUUGAUUUACUUGCUUGUUAUUGUUUUAUGAUAGGAAAUAUUAUUAUAACUUUUGUAUCAAGCCUGAAUAUUACCAGAGUGCAUGUUUUCUACUAAAACUCAUCAGUCAAGGGAUGUAAAUCUUGUGUUACAAAGAGAAACAGAGUUGUCCUUUAAUUGCCGCUUUUGUGUCUUAUUAAUUUUGAUGAGUUCUAUUAUAAACUUGGAAGUUCAUUUUGGUGGUCAGUAUUCACAGUAAACAGAAACCUAGUAGCAACAGUUUCAACUAGAUAUAUCCUCACAUGGGGGGGGGGGAGGAAAGGGGGGGAUCUGUUGGCAGGGUGGUAAAGCACUUAGCUUCUAAGCCUCAGGGGUCUAGGUUGGAAUCUCGGCGUGAAGACUGGGAUUUUGAAUUUCAGUACUUUGAGGAUGUCCCUGAGUUCACCCCAUUCUAAUGAGUGCAUGAUAUUACUUGAGGAAAGUGAAGUCGGUUGGUCAUUGUGCCGGCCACACGACACGCUUGUUAACCUUAAGGCUGAGAAACAUGUAUCUGCCCUAUUGAUGGCAAGGUCUGAUGAAAUGGGCUCUUUACUUUUAUGAUGUCCUCCCAUUCCUUUCAUGCACUUGUUUCUACAACUUUUUGUUUUGUCAUAGAUAACUGUUGGUAGCAAUUGUCACUAGCUGACACACCCGGUUUCUUCUUGGGUAGACUAAUUACCUAAACUAUGGAUAGACUAAUUACCUAAACUAUUGAUAGACUAAUUACCUAAACUAUUGAUAGACUAAUUACCUAAACUGUGGCAUUUUACGUCUCGAGAGACGAUCUUUUCCCUUUGCAACUUCUUGUGUGACUAAAGAGGCCAAUCCUUGAUACACAGCUGCGAUCGCAGGUUGGGCAUAUAUAAUCACCAGGCGCCGUUGCAUUUUCACCCUUCGGUUGGUUGGUCGCCUAAACUAUUGAUAGACUAAUUACCUAAACUAUUGAUCACAUCUUUAGAAACAUUUUUUAAAAACUUGUUUUAGUAGUUCGUCAGUUACCAUUCAGAGUACUAUGUUGUACGAUAAACUCACAAUGUACUUAUAAUCUUCUUUUAUCUGCUUCACCCUACAUAAACAGUCAACUAGGUUAUGAAAUACAAUGUUCAGAAGA